CCCCAUCGACGCACCCCUACAUCGCCGGGCUUCCUCUUGCAGACGCCGUCCUCUUCAAACCCUAACCCUUAUUGCAGGUUGGAUUGGUCCAGUAAUCAAGGCGAGAUUUUUUGAUCCAAUCCCACUUCGGAAAUCAAUUCUCGUCCUUUUUUCCCCUGAUUUUUGGGUACAUUUUUUAUAAUAAAGAGCGAAUUUUUGAUUCGUUUCGCCAUCUACAACAUGCGGGCCGCUUGGUCUCGGACCCUUGACAUGGCGAUCCCCUUGCCCCACCUCCUCCACUCGGACCGGCCCCUCCCAGCGGCCGCGUCGCACGCCACGCCCCCGUCCGCCUCCGAAUCCGCCGCCCCGCCCCAGGACGAGCUGAAGCGGGUGGCCGCCCACCGCGCCGUGGAGCUGGUGGAGUCCGGUAUGGUCCUCGGUCUCGGCACCGGCUCCACUGCUGCCCACGCCCUCGACCGCAUCGGCGACCUCCUUCGCUGCGGCGUCCUCCGGGACAUCGUCGGCAUCCCCACCUCCGAGUGGGCGACCGCCCGUGCCGCAGCCGCCGGCAUCCCCCUGUCCGACCUCAACGCCCACCCCGUCGUCGACCUUUCCAUCGACGGCGCUGACGAGGUCGACCCGGCUCUCAACCUCGUCAAGGGCCGCGGCGGGUCCCUCCUCCGCGAGAAGAUGGUGGAGGGAGCCAGCCGGCGCUUCGUCGUCAUCGUCGACGACUCCAAGCUCGUCCCCCGCCUCGGUGCCAGCGGCCUUGCGGUUCCCGUGGAGGUCAUCCCCUUCGGUUAUGCCCUCACCCUCCGUCGUCUCCAUAAACUCUUCCAUGGCGUGCCCGGCUUCAAUCUCAAGCUCAGGACCGCCUCCGUGAACGCCAAAGCCAGCACCUUUGAGGAGGAUGGGUUCGAAUUGGAGCCAUUUGUGACGGACAACAAGAACUACAUAGUGGAUUUGUUCUUUGAGGAAGGGAUCCACGGCGAUCUCAAUCUGAUUAGCGACGAGAUUCUGAGGAUCACCGGAGUGGUUGAGCACGGGAUGUUCCUCGGGUUAGCGUCGUCGGUGAUCGUGGCCAGGAAGGAUGGGGUGGUGGUGAUGGACAAGUAGAUGAAGUUAAAUGGUAUUUGAGAACCAUACUUAAUUUGGACAAGGAGUGGUUGAGCACGGGAUGUUCCUUGGAUUAGCAUCGUCGGUGAUCGUGGCGAGGAAGGAUGGGGUGGUGGUGAUGGUGAUGUCCAAGGAUAUGAAGUUAAAUGGUAUUUGAGAACCAUACUUAAUUUUUAGAUAAGCUAAUUAUAUAUUGCAUUUAUAUCAACAAAGGAAGCCACUUGAUUCAUAUCAUGAAUUCUUGAAAUUAGGAAUUGCGAUUAUUGUAGGAAGAGAAGAUACUAAGUCUGUGUCUAUGAACUUUGGUUGGGGAUUUAACAUAUAGUCAAAAUUGAUAAGAUUUUGUUGACAUUCUUCCUCUAGUUUGUUGCAAGGAAUUGUGAUGUCUAACCCUUUGAUAUCAAAUUAUUAAUUCACUUCUGUUGCAACACAUUUCUGCCGAAAAAACGUCUCUUUUGUUGUUUUGAUUUGAUAUUGCCUUCAAAAGUUACAUCAAUUAUGAGCUUAGAGAUGCAGUGGCUAGAGAUGAUCCCAGUUCCGGAACCAGCGGUUCCGGUUCUUGGUUUCAUUUCCAGCCCCAUUCGGUUCCUGUUCGAAUCUAACUGUGGCAACUUACUUCGGAAGGUCGCCUUGAAGUGAUAUAUGCAAAAGAGAUAUGAGUUGAUAAACUUGGAGUAGUUGUAAGGAGUAACAAUUUGCACCUGCAAAAAUAGGCUGUUAGCAAUUCUUUUGUCCAAGUCUUGUGUGCCUGACAUAAUCUGUAUAUGAGGCUUCCUCAUGCUUACUCUAAAAGGCUAUUCCAUGCUUAUUUUCUUGAUGCAUUUGGACUGAAGUUGCAAUGAAAGAAAAUAAGCUUUUGCUUUGUCUUUUCA